AUGGGGAAGAACAGGGGCUUCAAGCCCCAGGGCCUUCAGCUCAAUCCAAUAAAACGCGUUGCAAGUGGCGGGCCGUCGCUUGCGGAGAAGCUUGGCAGGAAUUCUCGGCCAACAUGGGAUCAGCUGCAUAAGAUGUUAAAGAAAAAGGAAGCGUCGAAUAGCGAGUUCUUGGAAAAAUAUGAAAAUGAAUGUUUUAGUAGAGAACUACAGAAUUUUCGGAAUUCCAAGAUUGAGGAACAGGAGCGGCAGCAUUUGGAAGCUAUAAAGAAGGAGGCUAGGAAGCGGCAGCGGCGCGGCAGUAGCAGCAGUAGUGAAAGUUCAAGCAGCGACGAUAAAUCCCGCAAAAAAAAACGCAAGCGGGAGAAAGAUAAAAAGCGGAAGCAAAAGAAACAGAAGAGAGACAAGUCUGCCGAUGAUACGGAGCGGAAAUCUUCUAAAAGCGUUACAAAUAAUCCAUUUCGCCUUUCAACGUUCUUUGAGAUGGAAAAGGAGUAG